AUGGUCAUCGGGAAGCUGGGCUUGAGCUCCCUCUUCCACACGAAGGCCAAGGAGGAGGCCUCGCCGUCACCACCUCGAGGCGACCCGGCCGCGGCGCCGGCGUGGGCGUGGCCGUCCUGCAAGCACCCGAGAACGCGGUCCUUCCACGACGCGCCACCACCGCCCGGCGCAAGGACGCUCGCCUCCAUCUUCCUCGACUCCGCCGAGAGCUCCUUCACCAACUCCUCCACGCGGCGCGACUGCUCCGACAGCCCCUCCACGGCGUCCGAGGCGUCGGCGGAGGGCGGGGCCGACGUCGUCACGGGCGCCGAGGACGCCGUCGUCGUGGGGCCGCUCCGCUCCUCCGACCGGCUCCUGUUCGACCCGGGGGCGUCGGGGGCCACGAGCUCCAUACUGGAGGAGAAGCUGCCGGCGGGCGCCCGCGAGGCGUUCGUGGGCGGCCUGGCCGUGGCGUUCGAGUCGGCGGACCCGUACGGGGACUUCCGGGCGUCGAUGCAGGAGAUGGUGGCCGCGCACGGGGCCGGCGGCUGGGGCUGGGGCUGGCUGGAGGAGAUGCUGGGGUGGUACCUGCGCGCCAACGGCAAGGACACGCACGGCGCCAUCGUGGCGGCCUUCGUCGACGUCAUCGUCUCCGUCGCCGACCCCGGCCGCGGCUCCUCCUGCUCGUCCCGGAGCUCCUCCUGCGCGUCCGUGGACGGGGAUCAGUAAACUAAUCUUACUUCCCUGGCAUGGUUAAUGUGGUGAGAGUGAGCUUUGUCGGGCUAGCUAGCUAAUGAUGGCGGGGUGUGGUAGAUGAGUGAGUAGAUCACGUCGGUACGUGCCGAACACUUGUUUGUACGAGCUCGAUCGAGAACGUGCGUGACCAUGAAAGUUACGUACUUAAUUUUAACUGCCUUCUUUGUGGUAGCUGAAA